ACCUAAACUACCUGAUUUAAUAACUAUCCUCAACACACCUUGAAUAGAAGGUAAGGCAGCCCUGUAGCAGUCAGUGAAUUGCCUAUUUGUCUUUCAUGUUGUUGCAUCUUAAUGUAGUUUUGCAUUGUGAUUAAGCUUAAUUCACUUUCAGGAAGAUGACUUUGUUUCAAACUGUUAGGUGUGCUUAAGUCUCUUCAGUCUGUGUUUUCUCCAGCUUUUUGGAACAUAUAUAUUAGCUGACUUGAGGGCUAGAAAUACACCAGGCUUGUUUACUAGUUUAGUAACUUCCUAUAGAUACUUUCUUUUCAUGUCUUUCCCUUCCAUAUGAAUCUCAUUUUGAAACAAUCCUGACACAGUAGAACAGGCAAAAGUUUAUAGAGCAAGUGUUUUCUAGUAGUUUGCUGUGAGCUGGCCAGUGCUUUAACUGUUUUCUGCUGCAUGUGAAACUAUUUGUAUUAAAAUGUCUGCACUUUGAGAAUAGUGAGUGUGAGUCUUUAUAGUCUUGCAGGAUCUGCAGGUGAUGGGGUGGAGGGGAAGGUCAAAUAUCAACUCUCUUGCAGCAACUGGUAACUUUUGAGUGUUUAUGUGCCUUUUUAACUUAGCAGGCAGGAAUAUUGCGGGAGGGGAAAAUGUUCCCACGGUGAGGGUUGGAGUAGCUUUAAACUCUGAUGUUCAAUGGACAUAUAUUAACUAGUUUGUUUCAGGUUUUAGGGCUGUCUUGGGAUUCCAGCAGCACGGGGGAGGAUAGAAAUACUCCUGUCUUGUCUGUUCCUGUUUAGGUAAAGAAACACCAACAGGGAACUGGUAUGUGGCCAGUAGAUAAAGCCUGUGCCUGUAAAGAAAGCUUCGUUAGGUAUUAACCUUGAAUAGGAACCACUGGUAAGUAUAAACUAAAAACCGACCCUGAGGUGGCAAAGCAGCAGAGGAUCAGGAUAUGUAGGAAGAGGAAGGGAGGGUAGGAUAAGGGUGAUUGGAAGUGCAGUGGGAAAGAAGGUGUAAUCUGUCAUGGGGGAGGAAAAGGCACUUCAGAAUGUGAAACAAGUAGUGGGGACUGCCAAGAUAACCUUGAGUAAAUACCCUGGUAUUUCCUAACGUUGGUGGCUUGAUAGUAUUUUAAGGCUUCGGUCUGCAGUUAAAAUGUUCUAGAUGAAAAUACUGAGAGCAAGUAUUUGUCUUCACUGACUCCUUCUCAAAGCAGUCAGUGAAGACAAAAUGUUGUGUCAUAGCCUGAGACUUGCUGUUAUAACUCACAAAUGGUGAUUCUCCGUGCUGGACAGAUUCUGCUACAUGGUCUGAAGGAAUGAGGGCAUACUAGGUCUUGCCUAUGCUUAGCAAAACAACUGCUUCUGCAUGCUGCUGGGCCCAAAAUCAAAUAGGGAGAUGAACUGCUAGCAAGGUGAAAGUUACUGGAUAAGGAUAAUGUAUUAUCAAGGACAUACAGCCUCCGUGAAGCUGGCCCAGCAGUUUGGGCUAAUGACACAAGUUCAAGUCCGUGGAAGGUGAAGCCAGUGUGGUGAGGCAGUAUUUCUGAGACUCCCGAAGGCCAGCUCUGGCCUCACUGCUGGAGGGCAGCAAAACAAUCUUGUGGAUGCUGACUGUGGCUUAGUAGUUUGCUGCCUUUGCACCAUUUCCAUUUUAGUCUGCCACAGGCCAUGCUCUACAGGCACACUACUGCAGCAGAGUGGAUUUGGCCUGCAUGGCCAAAGCUGUUGCUUGAACCCUCAAGCUGAGGAAUCAGUGUGUUGGGUGGAGGUGUCCUAUGUGCUGCUGGGUGGAUCAGGGUGAGCUAGCAAGGCUUUUGCUUGGAAUAUGUGGUCCUUGAAGUUUUAUAAACAUUACUCCCUCUGUGUUCUUCCUUCUGUAAGGAGGCGUAUGACCGCUUGGUUUCUGUAGAGAGUGAUGCAGGGAUCCUGCUGACAGGAGAGCUAAGUGAUCAGGCACAGCCUGAUUAUUGCACAGCCAGAGGCAACAGGUGCUCUGCCUGCAGAGGCUGCUUUCUGCUUACUUGACAAGCAUUGUACUUGGUGAGGAAUGCCAUUUCAGUGUGACUAAAUUGAACUGUUGUUCCCCAUUUAUUGGUGCUUUAAGCAAAAUAAUGAAAACCUUUACAUCACUGGAGUUCUGCAGUCCAAGUCACAAUGUGGGAAGGCAUUUUUUGUAGCAUAAGUAGCAACAUGAAGACUGGUUCAAUUUUUCCUGGCUGUUUGCAACCCAGACUACUUCAGGACUGUUCAGCUCAAUGUCAGAGAUAAGAGCAAGCCUGUCAUGAAGGCUGCAAAAUCAGAACUUCACAUACACUGUGAAGUGUUGUGUUGGCUCUUUACACUGCAUGUGUGCAGAUGUCUUUUUAGUAUCUUGACUGAAAGGAAACUUGAGGUACGUGUGCUGAAUAUGACUGAAAUGUAGUUCCAGCAACCAAUGCUGCUAAUAUCUGCUGGCCAGAUACUCUGCAAGUCUGCUGGUUAACUCCUGGGUGUCGAAAAAGACCCUCUGGAACUGAUUACUCUGUAUAAACUGCCAGAAAACAUCGUGAUCUCUUAGUGCUCUCUGGAGAGCACUUAAACUGGAUUAAUUAAAAUGACUGUUCUGUAAAAAGUAAUGAAUUCUGGGUAGUGGCAGAUGUAAUUACUACUGAAGUCUUGUUUGUGGGCUAUUGCUUGAAUGAUAGCAGGAGGUGAUCAGUAAGGGGAGAGGGUUUUUGUGAGGUAUCUGACAAUAAGCAGAAAGCUCUGACAUGGGAGCCCUUGUGGAAGGGCUCCUUGCUCUUUCCAAGAGCCUGGCUGUGUGGAAAAUCCCUGAGUUCACCUGUCUUCGAGAACAAAUACAUAUUCUUAUUUCACUAACAGUCGGAUGUUGUACACAGUUGCUUGCAGUGGCAGAUUCUUUUGUUAGAAUGCAGAAGUAGCAUCGAGUCAUCCAGAGCCAUGCUAAAACUGCAAAGGGUGUAAUUUGAAAAGCAGCAGUUCAGGCCACUCAACAGAACUAAGUGGCUUCAGUGGCUGAGGGCAUUUCCUUCCAGGGAUGCCUGCAGGCAUCAAGAUGUGUUUGCAUUUGGGUGAGGCCUGAUCAGAAACUAAAUGUCUGUCAAGUAGAAGCCUGGGUAGCUGAUGGUCCUCACUGAGUUGUACUUAAAUGAUGCAACUCUUUUUUGUUUGGUUGGUUUUGGGGAUUGUUUGUUUUUUUGGUUGGGUUUUUGUGUGGUUUUAUUUGUUUGGGUGUUGGGUUUUUUUGUUUUGUUUCCCCCUCCCUAGCAUCUCUAACCAAUAGAAAAAAAGUAAGUGCUUUUAAACUCUUUCUAGAUUGGGCAAGUAAUGCUCUCUGCUGUUUCCUGGACUUUAGAUCAGAUGUUGAUCAUGAUGUCCUAAUUAGUACCAUAAUAUCUAGAUUUAGUCUUCUGGUCCUGAAACCUAGAAAUGUUAAUAAUCAGUAUGAUGACUGUAUGUUCUUCUGGAGGGCUCUGCUUGAUGUCUUGUUUUAAUUUCCAGGUUAGAUAGUUGUGGUGGACAGUAUCUGUACUGAACAGAGAAAGUUUUUCUUGAAUCCUCAAGAAAGCCCAGGGAUCCUGAAACAGGUCACUAACAAGACUGAGCCUAGUAGUGGGAGAUGUCGACUUCUGUAGUCACUACAAACCAGAAGUGGUUUCUGAGAAAGAGAAAUGAAAGUGGGAAUACUGUGCUGGGUUUGGGUGAAUGUUUGUUUGCAGUCCAGCCCAGCUGUUUCCCCUCUGUGUGUCCUCUGUACCUCUUUGGUCAUGUGCUGCAAGUAAGGAAUAACCCCUUCCCAGUUCCCGAGCUUGGAUUAUAAUUAUAGCCCCCAGAGAGUGUGAAGUGACAGACUGGUUUCUGGUAGCUGGGGAGGGGAAACUUCAGUUCUCUUGCCCACUGCCUGGAGUGCAGGGAAGAAACAGUGACGUCCUACAAUGAUGCCUCUGGAUACAAAGGACCUGCCAAACAUGGUAGGCUGGAGAGCUAAGGUGGAGUGAUAUCCUGGGAAGGCCUUGGGUUGGAUGCCUGCUAUGGUAAAAGAACAAGCCUGGGACCUGGAGAUGACAGUUUAAUUCUCUGCAUAGCCUUCACGUGACCAUAAGCAAAUUGGUUCUCAUUCCUGCUUGUAGGAUGGGUGUAGGAUAGAUGAUGGCAGGAAAGGUCCUGAAUGCAAAGCUGUUAAUGCUGCAGAAGCUGAUGUUUACAUUGAUCGAGGGUUGGUGUGGAACAUCUGCUUUAGGUGCUCACUGAGUUAGAGCUGUGGUGACAGGAGGGGAGCCUCUUGCUUUCUGUUCAGUGCAGAAGUGCUACUCCAGCACUUUUUUGUAGGGAAACAAGCACUCACUCCUCCUGAAGUCAGGCAGUGUGAAUGCUUCCUUUGUAGUCUGAGCCUUGCUGCCAUGAUUGUGUAAUCCUAAAGAUCUCUGGCCUGGAGUUAGGAGCUCACAGGACCUUCACAGGACUAGAGUAGACCAGUGGUCUUAUGAUCCUCAGCUUCACAUAGCUCCAGGUUCUUUACUGAAGACCAACUCCUGAAGGGUAGAGGUCAAUAAUCCUGUGCCAUCUUCAUAUAUUUCAGACUGCAGUGGCCUUUAAGCCUGGGUUGUGUACAUUUACAGCAGAUGUUUAAGGCAGUAGAAGUACAAGAUUUUUUUAGCAAAUGGCUUCAUGCUGUUCUGAGGGGCAGAAUCCCACCAAUGUAUAUAGGGGUGUUCUUGACCCUUGUCCUUUAUUUGAGCUGGUCUCUCACUUUGGGCCCCAUGCGUAGUACAUAUUGCUCUGGGGUGCAUAGCUGAACACUGCUGCUGAGUCCCAGUUGAUUCUGUGUAAAUAAGGCCCUGCUGUGAGCAUAAACUCACCCGCAGUAUUAUUCCUGGGAAUUCUUUGAAGCUGCAGAUUAUGUGUUCUUGCCCCAUUGUCUCUGCAGCUUGUGCAGAGUGAUGGGGAGACAUGCCCGUGACACGUGAACUGCUUUAAUCUGACAAAGCAGUACCACCUUGUGUCCAUACCUGUUCCAUCUCUUGUGUAGGCAACUACUAGGCAUGGAAGGGUGUGCAGACAGCAUCUAAUCACGGGUUACCUUCUCCACAAGACAAUAAGAAAACUUGCAAAUUCAGGACUGACUGAUUUGUGUAAUCCUUUCCUUAGUUUAGCUGAGAGGAAACCGUUUCCUUUGGCUUAUAAUACUUUCCAAACUCAGCAGUUCAUAUUGUUAUCGCUGCUGAUCCUGUUUGGACACUAAAGAUAAGUAAGCAGAAUGUAAAACACUGAGAUCUGUAUGUCGCUGCUUUGCCUGCUGGUGUUAUCUGGCUGGGAAACACUGACCAGCUUGCCUUUUGUUCAUUUGGCAACACACAGUGAACUGCGCUCCCAGUGAAAUUAAUGCCUGACUACCUGUCUUUCCUGUAGUGCUUUAACGGGAUGGCUUCUGCCCAAACCAGUGUGCUGUUUGGCCUGUGCCUUUCUAGAAAGUUUUAGAAUUGCAUGCCUGUAUGGGAACAUAAUAGUCCGUCCAAAGGUGUGACUGUACUGUUGGAAUCCCUGUAGAGUUUGGAGUCCCACCAUGUCCAUUUGGAUGUGAACAGUGCUUGGGACUGCUAGGAACUGUGUUCCAGGGCAUGUUCUGUAAGCAUGCUUCUUGCCAAGGCAGUACCCAGGAUGGGCUUAAAGUCUCAUGUCCUACAGAAGUCAGAAUGGAAAUGUGCUGCAUACAAAGUCAUUCCAUAGUCAUAAGGUUUAAAAGGUUUAUCUCAUCUAAUUCUAGCUAACAGUGGGGAUGCAACAGAUAAGUCUUUCUAAUGUGGCUGAGCGGAUGAGGGUACAGUGACUGGGAUAUCCCUCAUUUACACAUGGCAGUCUGAUCAUAGAGAGUAGCAGUAACCAUCGGGGGCAGGCUGGAUAGAGGCAAAUGCACGCCAGCCUAGCAGCUGUGUCCUCUGUAGGCAGCCAGGGAGAAUUGUUAUCUACCAGAUCUGGGCUGCAGAUGGCCAGCCUAGGGGGUGAUGGAGUUUCCAGAGCCUUUUGGAAGCAAAGCUUUACCUUAUAAAGGGCAACCUAUCAACAGUUCUUAGCAGCUUUACAGAGGCUUAAGGCAACAUUCAAGCAAUCUGUGAUAUGACAGGAUUGCUCAGAUGCUGUCUGCCAUUUGUUUGUGGGCUUUGGUGUUGUGUGCACUAGUGUGCUGCAGAGUGGUGCAACAACAUCAGUCAUGGUCCAGUUCUCCAGCUUGCUUUUCUGGGAAGGCCUUCAGAGUUGUUUCCAAAGGAUAACCUCAGGAUUCAUCCUGACUCUGACGGACACUCUUCAGCAAGCUUCCUGUGUUGUGACCUUGAUCUCUGGUUGUUUCUCCCUUAUGCAGAAAACAAGAAUGAUUUGUUAAGGCCACAGCCCUUAAGGGAGGGCCUCUUAGAAGACAGGCUUCAUAUGUAAGCUAGAGGAUCCUCAACUGAAAAGGCUAUUCCACUGCUCUGGAAGUUUCAGUAUAGUUGAAAUUAUGUUCUGGGUCUAGGCUGUUGGAAUGAAGAAAUAAACCCCCAAAGGAAGAUGCUGGCUCAGUUUAAGGCCUGUUUGAAGCACUGGGAAGCUGAGGUCUGUAUCUGUAGACCUGAAUAUUGAUCCUUCUCUCCAAAUUGAUAUCCCUGAUGCCCUAAGUGAAAAGGACAGAGUGAAGUUCACUGUGCAUACUAAGACUACACUGCCAGCGUUUCAAAGCCCUGAGUUUUCAGUUACACGGCAGCAUGAAGACUUUGUGUGGUUGCAUGAUACGCUCACUGAAACUGAAGAGUAUGCAGGUCUCAUUAUACCUCCAGCACCUUCAAAGCCUGACUUUGAUGGUCCCAGAGAGAAGAUGCAGAAGCUAGGAGAAGGAGAAGUGUCUAUGACAAAAGAAGAAUUUGCCAAAAUGAAGCAAGAACUAGAAGCUGAAUACCUUGCUGUCUUCAAGAAGACUGUAUCGUCACAUGAAAUUUUCCUUCAGCGGAUUUCUUCUCAUCCUGUGCUCAGCAAGGAUCGCAAUUUUCAUGUUUUCCUGGAGUAUGACCAGGAUCUGAGUGUUCGGAGGAAAAACACUAAAGAGAUGUUUGGUGGCUUUUUAAAAAGUGUAGUAAAGAGUGCUGAUGAGGUCCUUUUCUCUGGAGUCAAGGAAGUAGAAGAUUUUUUUGAGCAAGAGAAGACUUUUCUUGUGAACUACUACAACAGAAUCAAGGACGCAUGUGCAAAAGCAGAUAAGAUGACAAGAUCUCAUAAAAAUGUUGCAGAUGAUUAUAUUUAUACUUCAACUUGCUUGAACAGCCUGGCAUUGGAAGAACCUACAGCUAUCAAAAAGUACUUGUUGAAAGUUGCAGAGCUCUUUGAGAAACUCAGGAAGGUAGAGAGCAGAGUUUCAUCUGAUGAAGACUUAAAGCUUUCUGAACUGUUGAGAUACUACAUGCUCAAUAUAGAAGCUGCUAAGGAUCUUCUGUACAGACGAACAAGGGCUCUUGUUGACUAUGAAAACUCGAACAAAGCUCUAGAUAAAGCCAGACUAAAGAGCAAGGAUGUCGGGCUGGCCGAGGCACAUCAACAGGAUUGUUGUCAGAAGUUUGAAAAGAUUUCAGAAUCUGCAAAACAAGAACUGAUGAGCUUCAAGCAGAAGAGAAUAGCAGCAUUCCGCAAAAACUUAAUUGAAAUGGCAGAACUGGAAAUAAAACAUGCAAAGAAUAAUGUUUCUCUCCUGCAAAGCUGUAUUGACUUGUUCAAGAGCUAAGGCGCCUUUUUCUGAAAAUGUGACAAAAGCAUCAAUUGCACUCAAUGGCCAGGGGCAACUUAUUGGCUUGACUUCAUUAGCUUAAAAUAAAUAUUGUCACUGAGAUUCUGUUUGACUAAUACUUAAAUAUGUUGAUAGCAAUACAUUGACUUUAUAAAUGAGAGCUGAAUUAUGUAUGAAUUGUCUGGAUGUAGCUAACAUCCUGUUGGCUGAUAACUCAAAAUGAGUCAAAUAUAAGAAAUUAAUUUGCUGUUGACUGACUUCAUCUAGCAGAAAAAGUGUACUGUGAACUUUUUUUUUUUUGUUUUGGGUCAUUAUCUGCCUCUUCAUGGCCCUGAUAUAUUUGAAACUUGCAAAUGGAAGUGACUUAAGUGUAGUAAUUUUAUAAAGUAAAUAUCUUAACAUUCCACUUCCCAGACAGAUUUCUACUACAGUAUAUUUUGAAUUUCUAUAACUGCAUUCACUAUUUGUACACUUGGGCAAUACAGCAAAUAAAGAUGUCUGAUACAACAA